AGGUUAGCCCCUUGACAGUGUAACAUGGCUUUUAGGAAUGUUUGUCAUUUCUGCCAGCUUCCUGGCCACUUCACAUGGGAGUGCCCAUUCCGUUUCCAACCUAAUGGGGCUGAGAUGUCGGCACGCAUACGGGAUGGGGGGGCACCUGCUCCGGGAAGGGGUGACUCCAACGGUCUGUUGCCACCCCGUGCACAAGGGGCGAGCACAUCGAAUGCUAUCGUCCCUUACCAGCAGGCGCAGAACCGGAGUUAUAGUGGGGGUAGCGGGAACUAUAACAGCGGAGGCUACAAUGGUGGACACUAUAGUCGCGGAGGCGGAUACAAUGAGGGACAGCGCUACUCGAGACAGUGGUCGGGGGGGUAUAACAACCGAGAUCGGGAGAAGGAUUGUGUCGACAAGAUCGAUAGGAUGUACAACCUGCGGUCGGACCAGGUGGAGGAGCGAGAGCAGAAGAAGCAGGAGAAUGCCAAGUUGGAACUACUUGAGGAGGAGAAGAAAAAGCUACAGGCAGAGGAGGAAAGAAGGCAGCAGGCGAACAAGGAGAAAGAACAACAGGAGGCUAGAUUAGGAAGAAUUGUUAGGACCAAUGACGACAACGAGGUUGAUAAGCUACGGAAGGAGCUGGAGGAGCUACGUGCUAGGAGUCUGGGAACAUCGACCGAAUCUCGGGUAGAGGCUCUACGAAAAGAGAAAGAAGCCCUGCUCAAGAAGAAGGAUCAAGAAACUGAGGAACGACUGCGUAAUGAGAUCGCUGAACUGAAAAGCAGACGAGAUCUGGAGACGCCAGGUGAAGGAAAGCAGGACGAAUUGCUGACGCUAAAGCUGCAAGUGAAGGAGCGGAGUUCGUUUCGUACGGCUAUGGAGGAAAAGAAUGCCAAGCUAUCUGCCUUGAAAAAGGAGAACGGUCAUUUGAAGAGGGACUUUUCAGAGCUAGGUGAAGAGUUUGUGGUGCUUCGUAGCAAAAGGGACGCCGGGGCGGUGAACGAGAAAAGCCCCCCGGAGGAGCCAGCGAGGGGUAAGCAGAGAGCGGAUCCAUCCACGGCCAUGUACACUCCAAAGGACCUUGAGGCUCUUCAGAAGGCAUACAAGGUGGCGCUGGCUGGGAAGGAGAUGGCCCUGAAAGAAGCAGACAUGUUGAAGGAUCGCAUGGCAAAGAUGGUGGCGAAAAUGGCCGCGUUUAGGGAUAACCGCUUAAAGGAACUGAGGCAGCUGAAGAAGCAUGAGAUGGAGGAGAUCUGCGCUGACGAGGGUAUUACGUACAUCAAACUCGAUCAGGCCAAGGCUGAUGUGGCAGAGAUUAGAGCGAGUCACGACUAUGCAGAGUGGCUUAAGGAGAAGGAGGUUGGCGAAAAGGAGGAUCAGGAUUUGCAUCAUGCCACAUCUGCUGAGGACGUUGAUGAGGCUUGAGGACACUCCCUGGGCGUGCCACAACUUCCGGAGCUGGCUCUAUUCUGCCGAGACUUGCACGA